GUGCACCGCUGCUCCCGCACCACUUCUCUCUCGCCGCUGUCUUUUUCCGUGGCGUCUGCGUUGCCGUCGGGAUGUCUCUUGAGCUACUCGGCCGGUUCUCUGCACUUUCACAUACGUUUCCUGAAAUGAUGAUUUGUGAAGAGGAAGAGACAUACGACGGUGAGCCUGCUAGUACUUUGGCUAGAAAAGGGGAGCUGCACCUGGACCUAGUUUCAGCCGUUAAAGGACUACAUGCUCUUAAUUCUCAAGAGCUAAGCAGGUUGAUCAGGGAUGCUGUCAACAAUAUUAUAAGACAUACUACUCCCGAUGGAUCAAAUGUGCAGGUUGAUUUGGAAAAACUCACUAGACACCUUGGUUUGCACCUAAUUGCGGUGGUCAUGGCACGGGAAACAAAUGAAGCACUGCUCAAAUACUUGUUAUCUGGUUUUCAGCUUUUGUACGCCUUGAGUGAUAUAGCAUCUCGGCAUCCUAAAAUUGAAGAGAUAUUGUUUGAUGAUAUUAAAAUAUCGGAACAGCUACUUGAUCUGGUCUUUUAUUCUCUAAUCAUACUUUGUACUCAAAGUCAGAAAAUUCAGGAUUCAAAUGACAUGGUUCUUUUGCACUCCACUCUAGUUGCUUCCAGCUUGUAUGUAUUGACAGCCUGUAUUUCUUCACAAUGGAAUGAAUUAGCUCAAGUUUUUCUGGCAUACAAUAAGGUUGAUAUAUUCAUGGAUGCUACAUUUGCUGCCCUUUGCACUGAUAUAAAGUCUCUUCAGAGCAGUCUGUCAGUUGAAUAUUCUGAUUCUUGUGCUGAAUCUACUUCUAAGGCUGUAGAAAUAUUGCAUCAUUUGUGCCAGCAGUGCGAGGCCUCUCUACAGUUUAUUCAGUCACUAUGCCAGCAAAAAGUGUUCCGCGAUCGACUUCUUAAGAAUAAGGAGCUAUGCAGUAACGGUGGGAUUCUUUUUUUGGCUCAAUCCAUCAUGAGCUUAAACAUAUCUUCACUGUUCCUGGAGUCUUCUUCUAUCGUAGCAUCUGUUUCUAGACUAAAAUCUAAAAUUUUGUCUAUUUUGUUGAACCUCUGUGAAUCGGAGUGCGUCUCUUAUUUGGAUGAGGUUGCGAGCACUCCUACAAGCCUUGAAUUGGCAAAGUCUGUUGCUUUUAAGGUUCUUGAGUUAUUGAAGAACACAUUUGAAAGGAAAUCCCAACAACCUUAUGCUUUGUCUGAGAAAACCUACCCAAGUGGACUAUUGCAACUCAAUGCAAUGCGACUGACUGAAAUAUUCUCCGAUGAUUCAAAUUUCCGGUCCUAUAUCACAACACACUUUACAGAGAUUUUGUCAGCCAUCUUGUAUCCUUGCCAUGAAGAAUUUUUGUCUUGUUGGUGUUCAUCCGACCUUCCUGUUCGGGAGGAAGAUGCUACUCUAGAGUAUGUUCCAUUUGCCGCUGCUGGGUGGCUGUUCAGUUUUUUUUCAUCGUAUCAGUUGAUUGGGGCUUCUUCAGAAUUAACGUUGCUCCCUUGCAAUGUAUCUAGAGUACCCUCUGGACACCAGAGAACUUCCUUAUUGGUGAAAAUUAUUGCAAAUCUUCACUGUUUUGUUCCCGACAUCUGUAAAGAUGAUAAGGAUCUUUUCCUUAAAAAGUUUCAUGAGUGCUUGCAAAAUGAACCAAGCAAAUCAGCUGUAAGUUUUACAUCUAUCUGUUAUGCUGAAAAGGUGGCUGUUAUUUGCAAAAACCUAGGUUCACUUCUGAGUCAUGCAGAAACCUUAAUUCCUUCUUUUCUUAAUGAGGAGGAUGUGCAACUUUUAAGCGUGUUCAUUACUCAGUUAGAGUCUCUGUUUGUUCCCGCCAAAGUCGAAGAGCAUCAAAUUCCUAUAAAAAUUGAAGAACAUAGAGUUCAGGAGGCUCAAAGUGAAGUAGGAGGCUCGUUCCCACAACUGAGGAUUGUGGACCCACCAGACCUCACUAACAAAAGGGCGGAUAUCAGGGAAGAUAAAUUGGAUAUAUCAUCUUGUCUAGAAGUGGACCAGCACAAAAUCGGUGGCAGUGGCCCAUGUAAACCUGCUCAUGUGGAAAUCAAGAAAGCUGAAUCUAUUUGGGGUGGAGUUAAAGUCAUAGAGUUGGAGAAAGAAGCAGACUAUUUUGAGGCAAAUGAAUCAGAUUCCAACUCGAAACCAGAGAAGAACUCUACCACUAAUCAAGUGAUAAACCAUAUUGAACACAUCAAGGGAGAUAGAGUGGGACAUGUGAGAGAUGAUGAAAUGGCAGAGAGUGCACAGCAUGAAGCAAUUCCUCACAGGAAAAGAAAGCGUACCAUAAUGAAUGCUAAACAAUUAAGUAUUAUAGAGAGUGCCCUCAUGUUGGAACCUGGGUUGCAGCGAAAUAAAGGUUCUUUAGAUUUCUGGGCUAAUGAAUUAUGUGUCCAUGGUCCUGAGGUUUCAAGAGCCCAGCUUAAAAAUUGGCUGAAUAACCGAAAAGCAAAGCUUGCUCGCGCUGUUAAGGAUGGAUGUAUGUCAUCUGAAGGAGACAAUCCUCCUGAGAAACAGGGCGGCACUGUAUUAACCCAUCCAUUAGAUUCAGCUGGCGACCCUGCUGAUGAUAUCACCUCGAGAGAUACUGUUGCUAAUGGGAACUCAAGAACUGUGACUGGAUCCAGUCAAUCGACCAAGUGCCAGCCAGGCCAGUACGUCAUGCUCUUAAAUGACAAAAAUGAAGAGAUUGGAAAAGCAAAGGUUUUUCAGGUUAGUGGCAAAUGGCAUGGGAAGGAUGUGGAUGAGCUGGGAACAUGUGUUGUGGACAUUGUUGAUCUGAAAGUUGAUAGAUUAUCUUGGCUUCCAUACCCUUCUGAAGUCACAGGUACCUCAUUUGAACAAGCCGAAAGAAAAUUCGGGUUCAUGAGAGUCAUGUGGGAUUCAACCAAUCUAUUUGGGUUGCCUCGGUGAAACAACGCACCCUUUUUUAUGGGAAGGGCACACUAAUUUUGGGAAAAAAAGACUGAGCGGUUAGAGCAAGGAACGCCGACUCGGAGACUCAUGGUGGGUGGGUGCUUGAUGCAGAAACAGAGUGAAGGACUGAAUACCAACUGGUAAGGUUUUCUGUUUUCGAAUGUUUCAUCUCAUGAAAAUGACCAAACAUUUGAGACUGGACAAGACAAUGAAGUGUUGUUUUGUUG